GCUCAGGGAGCGCACAGUGCGGCGAUCGCCGGUGCGCUGUGUCCCUCGGACACAGCGGAUCACGGAAAGAGCCGAAGAUGUCGGCUCGGUCAUGUGAUCAGCUGUGUCCAAUCACAGCUGAUCACAUGGCACUGAUGAUCAGUGUGCCCUGAUGAUCAGUGUGGCCCCAAAAGUUCCACCUGUCAGUGUCCAUCAGUGCCAGCAGUCAGUGCUCAUCAGUGCCCUGUGCCAGUGCCCAUCAGUGCCACAUCAAUGCCACAUAUCAGUGCAUACCAGUGCACAUCAAUGCCACAUAUCAGUGCCCAUCUGAGCUGCCUUUCAAUGUCACCGUCAGUGCCAGUCAGUGCCACCUAUCAAUGCCAAUUAGUGCCACCUAUCAGUGCUGCCAAUCA